UCCGAAUCUGUAGUACAUGUUACAGUUUUACGAAGCAGACUAGUUUUUGACAAUAGUCAAAGAAAUUUAGCUUUCCAAAAAAAUAUAUUGAAAAAAUGGCAUACGCAGUAGAUAAUCUCGUUCAACCAAAUAUAGGUUCGAUAUCUGAUAAUUUAGUUCCAGAUUGGCUUCGUUCUGAACAAAGUACUGGUACUUCUAUUAUGGCUGUAGAAUUCGAUGGAGGUGUCGUGAUUGGCGCAGAUUCACGAGCUACCACAGGAGCAUAUAUAAGUAAUCGUUUUGCCGAUAAGUUGACCAGAGUCACAGAUUACAUCUAUUGUUGUCGGUCUGGUUCUGCUGCAGAUACUCAAGCUAUCGCAGAUAUCGUCGAGUAUCACUUAGGUUUGCAUAGGAUGGAGCUUGGAACUCAACCUUUGGUAGAAACAGCUGCCAAUGUAUUUCGUGAAAUGUGCUAUAAUUAUAGAGAUUCCUUGAUGGCAGGAAUUUUAGUAGCUGGAUGGGAUAAUCAAAAAGGAGGUCAAGUUUAUAGCAUUCCUUUAGGAGGCAUGUGUAUUCGACAACCCAUUGCUAUCGGUGGCUCAGGUUCUUCGUAUGUUUAUGGCUAUGUAGAUGCACAUUAUAAAUCCAAUAUGACCAAGGACGAAUGUGUUACUUUGGUACAAAAUACAUUGGCACUGGCAAUGUCUCGCGAUGGUAGCAGUGGUGGCGUUAUACGUCUUGGUGUAAUCACGGAUAAAGGAAUCGAAAGAAAAGUGAUAAUGGGUGAUAAAUUACCUCGCUUCUAUGAAGGCUAAACAUGUUUCCAUAAUAACAAAAUUUAAGAUAUACAUAUUUAUCUGAAAUAAUACAUUUGAAGAUAUUGAAUUUUUGCUAAAUAAAUGUGAAUUUAAGAAUA